AUGUAUGCGGCCCACCACACCGACGUCGCUCCCUCAGUUGCGGGCAUUGGCGGAAGCCCCUCCCUUGCAGUGGACUUUGCGACGUUCAUUCAGCUUAUCAGGUGGAUGCUGGAUGUGAACUUGGGUGACAUCAACCGCAAAAUCUCAGGGAACAGCGGCCCAAAAGGGUUCCAGGCAGCAUCGGCGGCUUUGUCCGUGUCGCUGCGGUCCCGAUUUACUUCAUCACGACGUGCUUCGGCAUGCUAA